GCAUCACUGACCGUUGGUGCUUAGGUUGGUUUCAUGUCAUUCUGUCAUUCUCCUCAGCAGCACACCGACAAGCACAAGGGAGCAGACGUACACUCACAUCAAGCAAGAAAGGAUAGGUGAGGCUUGCUGGCGAACACAUAGGCUUGGAAGGAAGGUUGUUGCCUUGUUGCUCUGCGGUGACAAGGCUGCCAAGGCCAAGGUUGUUACAUUACUCCAUUGCACCAACGACCACCACAAACGCCAAGACCAGCGGCAUGUAUGGAACGCUUCACAAGGCCCUAUCUGCUUGGGUGCAGUCGCUUCCGGAUGGCGACACGCUGAUGAGCAUGGUGCUGGCCGAGGUCAACUUUGCUGGCAGCGCAAACGACUUCUUCCGCUUCUACACGGACGAGCAAACAGCCGCCUUUCUCCGCGCCAUUGCCAAUGUUACCGGGCACACUGUGGAGGAGUGCAAGUACCACGCGGGCCGCUACUUCCUCGUCGGCCUGCUGGAGAGCGGCUACGGCGACGCCCUGCGUACCCUCGGCGAUGACUUCUACACCAUGCUUUCCAACAUCGAUAGCCUGCACGAAUCGUUUAUGGCGUCGUUCCCCAAGAUGCGCGCGCCCUCCGUGCGGCCCGUCCGCAACGACGAUGGCACCCUCUCCAUCCACUACUACAGCAGAAACGCGGGCCUGGCCAACUUCAUGCUCGGUGCGCUCGAAGCGUGCGCCCUGCAGCUCUUCGACCUCGACAUCACCAUUCACCACCGCGUCAAGAAGUCAGAGGGCAACAGCCACGACAUCUUCUACGCAUUCAUGGACGAGAGCGGCUAUGGCAAGCAGCGCGAGGAGAGCGAGGAGGCCAAGAAGCAGUGCACCGUCGACCUGCCUGCCAGCGUCACCAACGACCUGUUCCCCUGGCACGUUGCCUUUGAUCGCGACAUGAACAUCGUGUCUGUUGGCAAGCACUUGGCAGGACGGUUCAAGAAGCAGCAGCUUGGCGCCAAGGCAGGCUCCGUGUUCAAGAUCAUCCGCCCGUCCCACGUGCGCCUCAAGUUUGACGAGCUCAUGCAGGCGAAAGACGUGCCUGUGCUUCUCUCGGUGGACGCCAAGCACCUCGUCCAGCCCGACAGCAGCGACGAUGCAUCCGUCAGUGACAACGCCGACACAUCCGUGAGCAGCCUGUCCCAGCAGAUGCCACGGCUGCAGGUGACGGAAGACAGCAGAGGCAACCAGCGACGCAGCACGGCAGCCAUGUCGGCGUGCCCCUUCUCCUCACCAGGGUCUGCCAUCAACUCCACAGCAUCGUCGAAGCGCUCCUCCAUGGACAUGAUGCUGCGCGCAGCCCGCCUGGCAAGGAAGGUCGACAACAUCAAGCUGCAUGGGCAGGUGACCUUCCACGAGGCAUCUGGCGUGCUCUUGUUCGUUGGCGUGCCGGCCCUCUACUCCCUCGAGGAGAUGGAGACACAGGGCAUCUCGCUGUCGGAGAUGCCGCUGCACAGCCACGGACGCGAGGUGCUGUAUGGAUCCAUGUUCCAGUCUGCCUCGGCCAAGAACACCAACGAGGUGGACAAGCGCAUGGCUGAGCUCGACCGCUCCAUGCUCGAGGUCCAGGAGAAGAAGGAGCAGAUUGACACCCUCCUCCACAGCAUCCUCCCACCGGUCGUCGCGAGCGCACUCGCGCGUGGAGAGAUCCCACCAGCCGAACACUACAAGAACGUGACGGUGCUGUUCUGCGAUAUUGCGGGCUUCACCAACAUCUCGUCCGAAGUCCCAGCCACAGAGAUAAUGGCAAUGCUGCACCAUCUGUUUGUCAAGUUUGAUCACCUGGCCGACAAGCACGGCUGCUACAAGGUGGAGACGAUUGGCGACGCGUACAUGGUCACCGCGGGUUGUCCUGACGAGUGCGACGACCACGCUGUCCGUAUUGCCCGCCUGGCGAUUGAGAUGGCGCGAACUGCUCAGACCGUCAAGUCGCCGCUCGAUGGCGAGCCGCUUCGCAUCCGCGUCGGGCUCCACUCUGGCCCACUCAUGGCUGGCGUCGUUGGACGUGCACGCCCGCGCUACUGCCUGUUUGGCGACACCGUGAAUGUUGCGUCGCGCAUGGAGAGCAACGGGCUGUCCGGCUGCAUCCAGUGCACAUACCGCUUCACGCAGGCGCUGCCACCGGACCACCAGUUUGAGAUUGUGCCGCGCGGGCACAUUGCCAUCAAGGGCAAGGGUCACAUGAAGACCUUCCUGCUGCUCGGUGCCCACGACUGUGCAGACUCGCAGCCGCUGCUGCCGACGGAGACGAUGAUGGAGGACAUUGCACCGCACUUGCUGGAGCUGGCCGCCAAGCAGCGCCGCUCGCUCGACGACCGUAUGGCCGAGAUCAUGACCGCAUCAAAGUGCAGCCGGACACGGAGGAAGGCAUCGACGUUCGUGUGAUUCUUGUGGCGUUGGGGUGUAUGUGUGUGUGGGGGGGGGAAGUGCGAGAGAGAGUGUGUGUGUGUGUGUGCGUGUGAGAGAGAGAGAGAGAGAGAAAGAGAAAGAAAGAGAGAGAGUGUGUGUGUGUGCGUGUGUGUGAUGAUGGGUGUAAAGCGG